UUGACCACCAUAAAUAAAACGCACGCCUUGGGAAGGAUGCCGACUGACUCCAACUCAUCCACCUAACUUUAUCAAUGUUUCAGUCUGGCUUGUCAUCGCGGUAAGGAAUGACCACGAAGCAGAGUGAGCUUGGGGUGACCUAACCUAACCUGUUCAAUUGGUCAAAAUCCAGUUUUUUCUAGAAAUUCAGGGAACUAUUAAUAUGGAAAUUUGUGUUAAAUAAAAUGUGAAGGAAGGAACGACGAAGAAGUUGAGUUUUUGUUCCGAGAAAAGAACAUCCGUGUGCCGUCAUCAUCGGGGAGAAGUUAGUUACAAAUCUUGUAUUUUGGAUCUUGGACUGAUCCAGUUUGGUUGGACCAUAAUUCUGCGAAUUCUUGGCCAAAUUUUCCCAAAUGCAGUGGGCUGGGUUGGUGGAUACAGAGUGAGGUUAAGAAAACGGGUUCCAGUGCGAGUGGGGUACGUACAUAGGUGGUUAUCGUAUAUAGAGGAGUGAUCACUUGUGCUUGGGUGACAUUCCUCUUGAAAACUCAUACAUUGUGCAUAGCCGAUACUUUUUAACGGGAGGAAAUGGAUCUUCAGCGUGUAAAGAUGAAAGGAUCCGUCAACGCGAGCCGAGCCGCGGAACCCCCUUCGCUACUAAAAGGUCUGCUAAAUUUCGACCGUCACGAACAGCACGAGUGGUUUUUAGAGAACUGGACGAUAGCAUUUUACUUUGUCGUGGCGUACGUCGUUUUUAUCUAUAUCGGACAAGAAUUUAUGAAAAACCGGAAACCAAUGGACCUUAAGAAACCAAUAAUUUUGUGGAAUACACUCCUCGCCAUUUUCUCCAUUGCGGCAUGCAUCCAAAUCCUUCCCGAGUUUUAUCAGAUUCUUCAGGGCGAGAAUGGAUUUCAUAAAUCGGUUUGUGCAUCCUGUCAGGAAGUCAGUGACCAAGGAUUGUACUGGGGGUGGUUAUUUACCCUGUCGAAAAUUGUCGAAUUGGGCGACACCGUAUUUCUCAUUCUUCGCAAGAGAAAGCUUAUCUUCCUCCAUUGGUACCACCACAUCACGGUCUUGUUAUACUGCUGGUAUGUAUAUCCUGCCCAAAUAAGUACGGCUCGGUGGUUCAUCUGCGUCAAUUUUUCCAUCCAUGCAAUGAUGUACACGUACUAUUUAAUUCGCUCCUUGUCCAUCAGAAUACCAAAGAAGAUUGCGAUGACCAUUACGUCCUUGCAGCUGAGCCAAAUGGUCAUCGGCGUCGUCGUCAAUGUUUACGCGUACGUCAUGAAACUUGGCGGUGUGGAUUGCGACGUGUCAUUUUAUCACCUGAAUUUUGGGCUGAUUAUGUAUGCUUCUUACUUUUUCCUCUUUGCACACUUUUUCCACACUGCAUACCUUCAAAAGGAGGGGGCCGACAGACUGAGAUUGAAGAGGAGUAAUAAUAAUACCACAAAUAGUAGUAAAACUAGUAAUGAAAUUAGCACUAAUAAUAAUAAUAGUACGACGAUGAUUGUAAAUUUGAAACAGUGUUCAGAUGUUAAUGCCAACUUUUUUAGUGAAACGCAUCCAACCAAAAGGACGGUGAAAGUAGUUUACUAAAAAAUCGGUAUGCUUUUUUUGAAGAGCUUUUCAGUAAAAUUUUAAAUUUGUUACUUCUUAUUGAUUAGCGUGCAAAUCUACAUACUUACAAUUACAAUUAUGCAAUGUGAGGCAUUUAGAGUAAAAAAAGAGAGAUAAAUUGUUGCAGUGAAUGAUAAAUAAUGCAGCAUGCCACGCCGUAUUGUAUACUAAUUUGUUUGUUAGCAAUUGUUUGCUAGGAUUUUUUGGAGACUGUGUACAUACAUUUGUUUUGUGUAAAAUACAAUAUAAACUAGAAAAACAAUGAAAAAGUUCAAAAACUGAGUAAUAAUAACACGUGUUAUAAAAUGUAAUAAAAUACAGAUUAACUUGUAA